AAAAUUUCUGCCAUUACUGACUGCCUGUAUCGAUAUCGGGCGCUUACUCACUCCCCCUGACAGCUGAUUGGCAUUUGAAAACAAACAUUGCGGCCAAGAUGUGGAUUCCCUACGCCCUGGUGGUCCACGUACUGCUCCUGGGCUCAAUAUUUGUGAUCUACUUUCGUUCACCGGUGAUUACGGGCUUGACUCCCCAGAAGCGUCCAUUAUUCUACGGAUUGGAGCCACCGGCGAAUCGCUUAGUUCUAAUCGUGUUGGACGGAUUCCGCGCUGACUCCUUCUUUGAGGAAAAUUGCCGCUAUGUGCCGCACCUGCGCGAGAUCUUCCUGCGUGAGGGCAUGGUGGGCGUCUCACGCACUCGUGUGCCCACGGAAACGCGACCCGGGCAUAUAACCCUGAUCGCCGGUUUGUACGAAGAUCCAUCCGCAGUGCUGCGUGGUUGGAAGAGAAACCCCAUCGACUUCGAUACGGUAUUCAAUCGGAGCUCACAGACAUACGCUUGGGGCGCCGAAGAUGUGCUUCAUGUGUUCUCAAAAAUCUCGAAAGGGGAGAACAUGCAUUUCCGUUCCUACUUCGACGACCUGGACUUCUCGCCGGGAUACAAUGCCUACGAACUGGAUGAGUGGGUCUUUAAGCGAGUCAAGUUGUUGCUCCAGGACAAGAGUGAGUCUCUGCAGCAGUCAAAGAAUGUGGUAUUCUUUCUGCAUCUCCUGGGCUUGGACACCUCGGGACAUGUGCACAAGCCGGGAUCACCGAAGUUUCGAGAGACCGUUGACAAGACGGAAAAAGGAGUUUACGAAAUCUAUCAGGAGUUCGAGCGGGUGUUUCCAGACAAGCGAACCGCUUACCUACUGACAGCUGACCAUGGAAUGACUGAUUCAGGAGCGCAUGGAGCUGGGUCGCUCCAUGAAACGGACACGCCUUUUGUACUGUGGGGCGCAGGAGUUGCCAGGACAGCUCCCAAUCCCGGAGGCCGCACAUUUAUGCCCAACAAUGAAGGUCCCGCGAUGCCAAUGUACGAACUGGAGCAGGCACAGCUCACACCCUUGAUGUCCGCCUUGGUGGGCCUGGCUCCGCCAAUGAACAACUUUGGAACGCUGCCCAUAGGCUACAUGAAUGUCAGCAAGGAGUACGAGGCAAUAGCGAACUAUUUGAACGCUCUGCAGUUGCUGGAGCAAUAUGUAGCCCUUCAAGAGGUACACAAAAAAGGAAUGUUUGCGAUGGUUUUAUCCGAGUUUAAUGUUCUCUCCACGGAAGCAAUCAAAAGUUACAAGGACAGCAUUGUAAAGCUGCAGAAGAACAGGGAAUAUACAAAAGCAUUGGCUAGGAGUCAAGUCAUUAUGGCACAAGCCCUCGACGGCAUUGACUACUACCAUGGUUAUUACCGUAGAGCUCUCCUACUGUGCACCACUUCAACAUUCCUCGGAUGGAUUUUCUAUUUGUACCGAUUGUUGACUCGGAACCGGGCCGGUAAAGUAGAGCUCAUUCUGGAGAGGAGCACAAAAACCGUAAGAACGAGCCUUGGAACUUCUGUGGUGCUGUUAGUGCUAUUUCUGCUGGGCCAAGGAACACCCCUGGAUAUAUCGUUUUAUCUUUUGCUCCCGUUCUUCGUCUGGCUGAAGGCUUUGCAGCCAUGGAAUCUUUGCUUCUCCUCCUCACCAGCAUCGGCGUACAGUGCUCCAGCCUUGAAGACCACAAUGUGGCAGCUCAUAUUGAUUAUAGCUUGUGCGGAGCUGAUGGUAUUCACCUUUUUUGAGCGCCGCCUGAUCUCGCUCUCGUUCUUCGUCUUCGCCUGCUAUAAUGGCUGGAGUAACUUCGAGCCCAAGUCGAGGGAUUUUUUCACCUGGUUAACGUUGGUCGUAGUCCUGGCCUUCUUCCCCCUGCUUCCGCUGUCAGUGGGCUAUCAGAAUGGUUACCUACUUGGAGCUGGGGUAAUUGUGAUUCUCCUGAACUCACUUUGGAAGACAAGGACGAGAUUAAGCUACAGCAAUCACACAAAAUUCUUCAAUGCUCUGAUCCUCCUACAAACCAUUUUGUGUGCCUAUCUGCACUCACACGGGAGAAACAUUCCUUUACCCCUUAAUGUAACCAGCUGGGUGUUCCUGGUAUACGCCUUCGCAUCUGUUGUGCUGAGCAAAGAAUCAAGACUGGAAUUGCGUCUGGCCCAGAUUGGCUUUAAUUUGGGAUCCCUGUACGCCACAUUAUGCACCUCAUACGAGGCUGUAUUUGUCCAACUACUGACACUAGAGCUGAGUAUAUCGCUGAGUGCCCAGAAUGCACAGGCGGAGAAGUCGGUGCUCCGACUGGCCUUCACUCUGCUCCUGUACACUUUCUUCUCGCUCUUUGGUUCGGGCAACAUAGCCUCCAUCAGCUCCUUUGAUCCCAACAUCGCUCGCUGCUACCUCAGCCACUUUGCUCCGUUUGUGAUCAUGGGCCUGGUGCUGCUGAAGCUUCUCGUGCCGGUGGUGCUGAUCAUGUCGGUGGUCUAUGCCCAGAGCGAGUUUGUCCGCCAGCACGAGGAGCAGAUAUUCAUCUGCCUGCUGCUCAUCUGCGAUGUGAUGGGUCUGAACUUCCUGUUCCUAGUGCGUAACCAGGGAUCCUGGCUGGACAUCGGCACCUCAAUAUCGCAUUUUGUCAUCAUGGAAGUUACUACGUUGGUCAUCCUCGUGCUGUUCUAUGCCGCCAAGCAGCUGCUGCUGGUACUCCCUUGGGAGGAAAUCAACAUAAGAAGUCUGCCGUUACGCCUCAUCCACUGGGAGGUGAUCAGUGCCAAGAAUCACUAACCCGAACCAGCCAUAAACCGCCUUGAGAAAACUGUUGGCUACGCUUAAACAUUUAUAUCCGAUAAUAUUUACAACACUAAUUAAGAAUUAGUAGCAUACACUUGUAAAUUAUAGAAUCUAAUGCUAGGAAUGUGUCUGUGUGUAGGUAAGGGUCAGGGUGGAUCGAUUUUUUGUAUAUAAAAAUGAUAGUUUUUAGUUCUUUAAAAACCAAAGAAAACUUUCUAUCUAUACUCAAAGGAUUUGACAAGAAAUUGUAAUGAAAAGUAUUUUAUCUGCAUAGAAUGACUUAAUUAAAAAUUGACUUAAGUUUGAUCGGAAGCUAUAGAAUUAUACUUCUACCUCUUGUAUAUUGAAUAGAUAAUUGAUACUAAAUAAUCUUGUAAAAUAAACUUGAUGAGUGUCUUACAAAAUUUAAAA